GCCGCCCUGCAAUCAUCCAGCCGCCGCACGGUGCACUCGUCCGCAAGCUUUGCGAACCACCGACCGCGAUCAAAGGCGCUUUUUUCGGAUCCGCCAUGUCAUCCCGCGGAGCUGGACGCGGGAAGGCUGCCUUGAAGAAGAUCGUGGAAGGCGCGGUACCCGCGAAGAAGGGACAACAUCAAGCGAAGAGGCAGAGGAAGGUCGUCCAAGCCGUGCAAACUGUGGUGGAGGAAGAGAUGACGAACGACGACGACGACUUUGAAGACGACGACGAUGAACCACUGCAGAGGAAGGCGAGGGUCAGCUCCGUGGGGGGGGUUAGAAUAAACGAGGGGGGGGAAGGGACACCGACCGCGCGGCGCGGCGGUGGCGUUGCCGCGGCCAACCAACCAGUGUUUGUCGACGUGGCACGCGACGUGGCGCGAGAUGUGGCAAGGAGGGACGUCGGUGGCUGCGCGAAGGAAGGGGCUGCCUCGCAUGAGACUGCGCAACGCGUGCUUGCGCCUUUGAAUUGCCCCCGAACCCUGGCUGCAGACGUGGCGGGGAGUUCCCAAGCAGUGGUUGAAGGUGGGACGUUGCGAUCUCCCUCAGUGGUGGCGCGCGGUGGCGCUGUGGCGGUCCCGGGAGAGGCGGUUGAAGUCCCGAAGGGAGGAGAUGGCGUGGCGGCCGGGGAAGACGACGAGGCUCUGGUGCACAGGCUGCGCGGGCAACGAGCGGCGACACAUGCGAUGGAUGCCGCCGCCAAACUUUGGGAGGAUGACAACAGAUUCUGGAACGACACGCAGGGGAGCGCCAUAGUGAGGAUAAUCCAAGAAGCGCGCGCGUAUCUCGUGGCCGAGGCGCGGGGAGUGCAGCCUCCGGCUAUUCGACGGAGCAUCUCCCUUCCACACAACUCCAUCCCCCAACACAAAAUCGAGGACGAGUCGGAGCUGAACGCGGCGAAAGAGAGGGCGUUAAAAGUGCAGACAAUCUCCCUCAGGGCGAUCCACGGUUGGGUCUUCAAGUCGGCGAGCAGGCAAAGGGGGUAUCACUUGGCAUACCAAUACGCAUUGAAUCACAUUGCCACGGACAUCGCUAGAGCAAUGUGGUCAGCAGAGGACUGGCGCAGUUUGGUGAGCCCAAUGUUGUUCCGCGCCACAUUGGACGUAGACAUGAAGUUGCCUUUGUGGUUCGUGGGCGUGAACAUAGUGGACAGGCACGAGGACGAUGAGUGCGCGGCUUACCAGGAAGCUUGUGUCCAGCGUCUGGUGCGGGAUCUUACAAGCGCAGUUGGCACGGCAGAAGCUAUGGACGACGGUCAAGUGUCGUACGAGCGUCUGAAGGGAAUGGCAGAGGCGAUGCGGUAUUUGCUCGCCGCCACGAUGUGGAUUAUGCGAAUGGCGGGGGACGAUCCGAGAUCGCAUUAUGACGCUUGGGUUUUCGUUCAAUUGACGGCGAAGACGACGCUGCAGGCGUCCAUGAACCGGCAGUUUGACGCCCGCCGACACAUCACGCAAUCCGCGCAGGUCAUGACGGACAAGUUGGGGAGACCGCCUCCGACCUUCGCCCCCCCACCUGCGUACAUCCCCGAUUGGGCGUCUAAGUGCGGGGUCACUUUCUUGCACGACACCAUGUUGGCCUCCCCGAUGGAGGCGAAACGGCUGGAUUGGCUGGGGACAGGUCCCCCCGAGGACGACGACGACGACGCCGAAGGCGAUGACAAAGGCGAAGGGGGGUGACACGUAGACGACGGUGAUGGCAGAGGCAAGGAGGGGAUGAUGCGCAGGCCCUGUUGA